AUGAAUGGAGACGGCGUCGUGAAGCGCAAGCGCAAUUCCAUCUCCGCAGCGGCGGAGCGGCCAGUGAAACACUUGAAGCCCGAAAACUCGUCGCUCACUCCGGGGGAUUCUACGCCGGCCAACGGAACCGUCUACGAUGUCCAAGAUGAGGAGGAUCUGGGGCCUUUGAUGGCCGUUGGGCCUACGCAGGCAGAUUCGCCGGAGUGGCAGGCUACGAUUGAGGAGGUAGUAAAGAGUGUCGUCUCCAUCCAUUUCUGCCAGACUUGCUCGUUUGAUACGGAGUUGUCAAUGAGUAGUCAAGCCACGGGGUUUGUGGUCGAUGCUGAGCGCGGAUAUAUCCUUACCAACCGACAUGUGGUCUGUCCAGGUCCGUUCUGGGGUUAUGUUAUCUUUGAUAAUCACGAAGAGUGCGAUGUCUCUCCGGUAUAUCGAGACCCUGUCCACGAUUUCGGAUUACUGAAAUUCGAUCCCAAAGCGAUCCGACACAUGAAACUCAGAGAACUCAAGCUCCAGCCGGAUGGAGCUCGUGUGGGUUCAGAGAUCCGGGUGGUAGGUAACGACGCAGGAGAAAAACUGAGCAUUCUAUCUGGUGUCAUCAGUCGACUUGACCGGAAUGCCCCUGAGUACGGCGAAGGCUAUAGUGACUUCAACACCAAUUACAUUCAGGCAGCCGCUGCGGCUAGCGGAGGUAGCUCCGGAAGUCCUGUGGUCAAUCUUGCAGGAAAUGCCAUCGCGCUGCAGGCUGGAGGUCGUGCAGAUGGCGCUGCAACCGACUAUUUCUUGCCGCUGGACAGACCGCAGCGUGCUCUGGAAUGCAUUCGUCGAGGAGAGCCAGUUACUAGAGGAACCAUCCAGACGCAAUGGAUUCUCAAACCUUUCGAUGAGUGUCGUCGCCUGGGAUUGACUCCUGAGUGGGAAACUAAGGUGCGCAAGGCAGCUCCUAACGAAACGAGUAUGCUGGUUGCCGAGAUCAUUCUACCUGAAGGUCCUGCAGAUGGAAAGAUCUUAGAGGGCGAUGUACUCCUGCAGGUGAAUGGAGAACUCCUCACCCGAUUUGUCCGACUGGAUGACAUCCUGGAUUCCAGCGUUGGGGGGCCGGUCCGAUUGCUGGUGCAGAGAGGCGGUCAAAACAUGGAGGUUCAAUGCGACGUUGGCGACUUGCAUGCCAUUACGCCCGAUCGGUUUGUAACGGUUGCUGGCGGAACUUUCCAUGACCUAUCCUACCAGCAGGCUCGACUCUAUGCCAUUGCCACAAAGGGUGUUUACGUGUGUGAAGCAGCGGGCUCCUUCAAACUCGAGAAUACUCUUUCAGGAUGGUUGAUUGAUUCCGUGGACAAACGAAAAACUAGGAAUCUGGAUGAAUUUGUGGAAGUAAUGAAAUCAAUUCCGGAUCGCUCUCGAGUUGUCAUUUCGUAUCGCCACAUCCGCGACUUGCACACACGGGGGACGAGCAUUGUCUAUAUUGACCGACACUGGCAUCCAAAGAUGCGGCUGGCCGUCCGAAAUGAUGACAGUGGUCUUUGGGAUUUCUCCGACCUUGCGGAACCCGUCAAAGCCGUGACACCGGUUCCAAGGAAGGCUGAUUUCAUCCAGCUGGACGGCGUGAGCCAACCUGCUGCUGCCGAGAUCGUGCGCAGUUUUGUACGCGUCUCUUGCACAAUGCCCUUGAAGCUGGAUGGGUUCCCUCAGGCAAAGAAGACUGGGUUUGGUCUUGUUGUGGAUGCUGAUAAGGGGUUGGUUGUGGUGUCGCGUGCCAUUGUGCCUUACAAUCUGUGUGACAUCAACGUGACAGUGGCAGAUUCGAUCAUUGUUGCGGCCAAGAUUGUCUUCCUCCACCCACUGCAAAACUACUGUGUCAUUCAAUAUGACCCUUCGUUGGUGCAAGCUCCAGUCCAAAGCGCCAAGCUCAGCACGGAAUACAUCAAACAGGGUCAAGAUACGAUUUUUGUCGGCUUCAACCAAAAUUUCCGUAUCGUGGUUGCCAAGACUGCCGUCACUGAUAUCACGACCGUUUCGAUCCCUGCCAAUGCUUCUGCACCGCGGUACCGUGCUAUCAACCUGGAUGCGGUGACUGUCGAUACAGGCCUGAGUGGGCAAUGUUCGAACGGUGUCUUGGUCGGCGAAGAUGGUGUGGUCCAGGCCUUGUGGUUGAAUUACCUCGGUGAACGUACACCUAACUCCCACAAGGACGUGGAAUACCACCUAGGAUUCGCCACGCCCGCAUUACUGCCCGUUAUAAACAAGAUCCAACAAGGUCUCUUGCCGCAACUGCGGAUCCUAAACAUGGAAAGCUAUGUGGUGCAGAUGAGCCAGGCGCGCAUCAUGGGAGUCUCCGAGGAAUGGAUUGAACGGGUUGCCAAGGCGAAUCCGUCGCGACACCAACUGUUCAUGGUGCGGAAGGUCGACUGCCCGCCGCCGGAUUUCAACUCGUCGGCGGACAGCUUCCAGGAGGGCGAUAUCAUCCUCACUCUUGAUGGACAGCUGAUUACACGCGUGUCUGAGCUAGACAUUAUGUACGAGAAGGAAGUGCUCGAAGCGCUUAUUGUGCGUAACGGGGAAGAAAUGCGGAUCCAGGUGCCUACCGUGUCAACGCAGGAUCUGGAGACCGAUCGAGCGGUUGUCUUUUGUGGUGCGGUGCUGCAGAAGCCACACCACGCCGUACGCCAACAAAUUUCCAAGCUGCAUAGCGAGAUCUAUGUCAGCGCACGGAGUCGUGGAUCUCCAGCCUACCAAUAUGGCCUUUCACCCACCAACUUCGUCACAGCAGUGAACGGAGUGCCGACACCAGAUCUCGAUCGCUUCGUCGAGGAAGUGAAGAAGAUCCCGGAUAACACAUACUUCCGGAUCCGGGCGGUGACAUUCGACAACGUACCUUGGGUAGUUACCAUGAAGAAGAACGACCAUUACUUCCCCAUGUCCGAAUACAUCAAGGACGACACCCACGAGCUGGGAUGGAAGUCAAUCUCGCACGACAAGAAAGACAAGGACGGUGUAGACGCGGACGUGGCGAACCUGAACCCCGACGCCAUGGACGAGGGAUUCGACGGCGGGAGCGAUAUAGAGCCGGACACUGUAUAA